AUGGUUGGAACUGCAUGCCACAGUUACAUUUUAUUUGGUGCCGUUGACUUAAGGAUUCGACCCUGGAGAAAAUCCUUGCAAGAAGAAGUUUCCAGUCUUUUUUUUAGUAAUGAUAUCGCUAUUUUUGUUGCUGAUCUUCAAAGGUACAAGAAAGCACUGGUUCUGUAUUUUGUACCAGCUGGGUUGUACUGCUUGUAUAAUAAUUUGGCAUUUGUAAAUUUAGCCGAAUAUGACCCAGCAACCUAUUUCUUGUUACUACAAUUUCGAGUUGUUCUUACAGGAUUAGUAUUUCAGGUUCUUUUUCAAAAACAACUCAGUAGAAUUCAGUGGUUAUCAAUGAUAUUGUUAACAUUCGGUUGUAUUUUAAAAGAAAUUCAUCGUACUCAUCACACAAAGGAAUCAAGUUCUUCACUGGCCUUUCAAGUUUUUGAUUACCAUUUUAUCCUCAUAUUAGUGCAGGUGUUUGCGUCUUGCUUUGCAGGUGUUUACAAUGAAUAUUUAUUAAAAGACUGUAAAGCACACUUCAUGUUGCAAAAUGUUUUUAUGUACACUGACUCAAUUAUUUGUAAUUUUGCUGUUUUAGGCCUGAAAGGUGAAUUGCUCAGCGCUUUUACUAUUGAUAGUGUAAAGGCUAUUGGUGAUCCAUUUGUUUUAGCUGUCAUUGUCAAUAAUACAUGCAUAGGUAUAUGUGUUAGUUUGUUUUUGCGAUCGAUGAAUUCUAUUUUGAAGAGUUUUGCCAGUGCUAUUGAGCUAAUAUUUACUGCAAUCUUGUCCUGGGCAAUCUUUGGCAUACCAAUCGACAUUUAUACAUUGGUGUCAAUAUUGAUUAUAACUGGUGCUAUCAUAUUAUAUUCUCAAAAUCCAGUUAUAAAUCAGUUGUCAAACACAGGUUUGAAUGAAACACUGCUGACUAGAAAAGAAAAUGAUGUAAAAUAACUGAUGUGCUAUUUAUUCUAAUAAAGAGCUUUCAUUUA